ACAGUGGCGGUGAUGACGUCACGACGAUAGGCGUGACCAGCAAAUUACCCUUCUGCACAUUCAUUCAUAGCUUACUUAAAGCGGCGCGGGCAAAGCGUUGGGUUUCCAAACCUGAAACAUUAACCAACACCAUCAGGAUUUCAGGAGGAGACGUCCAGCGGUGAGAGGGUCAAGUCAGAAUGGCAGAAGCUCACCAGGCAGUGGCCUUUCAGUUCACUGUCACUCCAGAUGGCAUUGACCUGCAGCUGUGCCAUGAAGCCCUGCGCCAAAUCUACCUGUCUGGACUUCACUCUUGGAAGAAGAGGUUCAUCCGGUUCAAGAAUGGUGUCAUGACUGGGGUCUAUCCUGGAAGUCCUUCUGGACUUCUGGUUGUUGUGGUCAGUUACAUGUCCUCCACCAAAUACGCCAAAAUAGAUCCUUCACUUGGGCUGUUCAAUAAACUGUCGACACACUUACCAGUCAGUAAAUAUAUAACAGAAGAAGGACAGCGUAUUGCCGGUGGAAUUCUGGUUGGAACAGGAUUAUGGAUCACUGUUAUUUUCGUUAUGAGGAGGGCCCUUAAGUACUUGCUGUCCUGGCACGGAUGGAUGUUCAAUCAACAUGGAUCUGUGUCCUUCAAGACGAAGAUUUGGUUGGUUUUGGUGAAGUUAUUCUCUGGGCGAAGGCCAAUGCUGUACAGCUUCCAGAGUUCAUUGCCUCGGUUACCCGUGCCUCCUGUGAAAGACACUGUUAAAAGAUAUCUUGAAUCAGCCCGUCCACUGAUGGACGAUGAACAAUACAAACGUAUGGAAAGUCUGGCAAAAGACUUUGAAAAGAACCUGGGUCCCAAACUCCAAUGGUACCUUAAACUCAAAUCCUGGUGGGCUUCCAAUUACGUCAGUGACUGGUGGGAAGAGUAUAUUUACCUCAGAGGUCGUUCACCCAUCAUGGUCAACAGUAAUUACUAUGCAAUGGAUUUUCUUUAUGUGUUUCCUACUCAUCUCCAAGCCGCUCGUGCCGGUAACGCCAUCCACUCCAUCAUGAUGUACAGAAGAAAACUGGACAGAGCACAAAUCAAACCUAUAUACUUGCUGGAGAAUUACGUGCCGCUAUGCUCGUCACAGUGGGAACGGAUGUUUAACACGUCACGUGUUCCCGGGCUAGAAACAGAUAUCCUUCAGCAUGUAAAUGAGAGCAAGCACAUUGCUGUAUUCCACAAGGGACGCUUUUACAAGGUGUGGAUGUUUUAUGACGGACGAUUGUUGUUGCCACGGGAGAUCGAGCAGCAGAUUGAAAGGAUCUUGGCGGAUAAAUCCGAACCUCAGCCAGGGGAGGAGAUGCUGGCUGCUCUGACCGCAGGAGACAGAGUUCCCUGGGCCAAAGCCCGCUCACAGUUCUUCAGUAAAGGGAAGAAUAAGCAGUCGCUGGAUGCUGUGGAAAAAGCUGCUUUCUUUGUGACUCUUGAUGACACAGAACAGCGUUAUGAAGCUGACAACCCGGUCCAGUCUCUGGACAUCUAUGCCAAAUCUCUUCUUCAUGGAAAAUGCUACGACAGAUGGUUCGAUAAGUCCUUCAACUUGAUUGUGUUUAAGAAUGGCACUAUGGGAUUGAAUGCAGAACACUCCUGGGCUGAUGCCCCCAUCAUUGGUCACCUUUGGGAGCAUGUCUUGUCAUCGGAUCCAGUGAAACUGGGUUACGCUGAGGACGGUCACUGUAAAGGAAACCUUCAUCCCAACUUGCCAGGACCUCAGAGAUUGGCGUGGGACAUCCCGGAGGAGUGUCAGACGGUGAUCAACAACUCUUUGAAAGUAGCCAAAACUCUGGCGGAUGAUGUUGACAUGCACAUCUUUCCUUUUAACAACUUUGGCAAAGGCCUGAUCAAGAAAUGCAAGACCAGCCCUGAUGCCUUCAUUCAGACCGCCCUCCAGCUGGCACAUUUUAGGGAUAAAGGAAAGUUCUGCCUGACAUAUGAAGCGUCAAUGACGCGUCUGUUCAGAGAGGGUCGCACCGAGACCGUGCGCUCCUGCACCGUUCAUACCUGCAAUUUUGUCCGCGCCAUGAUGAACGAUGAUGCGACGAGGGAAGAGAAGUUGAAGUUGCUUAAAGUGGCUGCAGAUAAUCAUCAGGAUUUAUACAGACUGGCCAUGACGGGCAGCGGCAUCGACCGCCAUCUCUUCUGUCUGUACUUAGUGUCCAAGUACCUGGGUGAAGAUUCAGCUUUCCUCAAAGAGGUGCUUUCCGAACCCUGGAGGCUAUCCACCAGUCAGACUCCACUACAGCAGGUGGAGCUGUUUGAUUUAAAGAGACAUCCAGAGUAUGUGACCAGCGGUGGCGGAUUCGGACCCGUGGCUGAUGACGGUUAUGGUGUGUCAUAUAUUAUCCUCGGAGAGGACUUGAUCAACUUUCACAUAUCCAGCAAACACUCCAGCCCAGAGACUGACUCUCAUCGUUUCGGAAGUAACAUCAAACAGGCAAUGCUUGAUAUCCGGGAUCUGUUCCAGCUUGAGAAGAAAGCUAACAACAAAUAAUCCAUCACUGUUUGUUUCUGCUAAGUUUAAAAAGGGAAAUCAUUUAAAAAUAUUUUUAAAAGAGGAAUAUCCUUCUUUUGGGACGUACAAAGUAAUUGUUGGUUUUUAAUGCAAAAAAGGGUAAUUUCAGUAGGGUGCAACUUUAUGUUUGGGAAAUUAUAUCACAUAUUUUAUGACAUUUGUUGAUGCAUCCAUACAUUGUUGCCUUAAUCUCUUGAACUGAAGAUCCUCAAAAAAGACUGUUGCCUUUUUGUUCUGUAUUUAAACAGCUUUCAUUAUGUUAUUGAAGUGAAUCUCAAAGGUUUUCUCAGACUCAGGUUUGUAAUUUAUUCACAUUGUGUGGCUUAACUGUUUUGCUGUGGGAUCUUAGCUGUAAAGGUGUAAAGCUGUUAAAAUAUUACAUUGAACAGAGAGGGCAACAAGUUUGUAUUUAUCUUUCACUUUUGUUUUAUAUUCCACAUGCGUCACAAGUACAGAGUAUCAACUUUAUCUUUUUUGCAUUGGAUUCAAUAAGUUUUUAGCCAAAGUACAGUAGAUGUUUAAUGAUGAAAAUAUAACUUGUUAAAUAAUGGGACUUCUCAUCUAUGAUGGCAAUUACACCAUCUGAGGGAGUUAAAUAUGAGAAUAACAUGUUACAAGUUCAUUUCAAACAUUAUUUGAGUACACUAACCAUAAAAUCAAUAAUUUAUGGUGCCAUAUAAAUUAUGGUGUCCUUCUAGAUCAAACUGAGAUAUAUUUCUGUAUGUUGUUUGUCAUUGACAGGAAAGUCUGCUAUUUAUUUAUCAGUUAUCAAAAUUAUCUUUGCUAGGAAUAGAUUUAAACGCACAAAACAAAUAAAAGGCAGUGUGUGUUCUGCAUUUCAUCUGCCAUGUUUGUAUCAUAUUAUUUUCAACACAAUAAAAGUACAUCUAAAAGGA